CUUUCCCAUUCCUAUCGGCCAGGCGCAACAUGGCGGACUAGGAGAGGCGGCACGACAGCGCCCGGAUACAGCGAGUAAAACGCGGGAUACAGGCACCCGGCGUCCCGGAGAGCACGAAACCAGAUCCUGGGGGAAGUGAAGAGAACGGAAGGCGAUAAACGGAGCACUUUAGGACUGGUUUGGACAUGUAAUUUUGAAGCAGGUUCCGAGCGGGCCGUGUACAGCGCUACCUCGGCACUCGGGGUGAGGAGGAGUCCGGGGCCGGGACAUCGAGUGCUGGAUACCAACUUCACAAACCCUCGCUCUUCGGUGCAGCUAAUAACGGUGUGCAGUGUGUGAAAAAGCGCGGUGAGGCAAUCAUUGUGCGAAUGAGUGAGUGAUGCAGAGCACUUUUUUGCAGGGCAGUAUGGGGUUGUGUCCCCUGCUCCUGUUGUUUGCCUUGGCCUUUGGAUUGGCCCAGGAAACACCCAACCUCCAAAAUCAGAGUUCGAUCACAGUCACACCCAAACCCACAACUACUCCUCUCACAGCAGUCCCCCUUACUGAUGACCACGACCCCACAACCACAACCACGUCCAACGAGCAUUCUGCAAAUAAUGCCACCUCGAAAGUAACAGGAGCGACACAAGCUCCAGGGGUUCCCAUGACUCCUUCCGCUCCUGCUCCAGCUGUGCCUCCAGGCUCCAGUAACACUAAUCACACUGAUGCUCCACCCCCAGGGACAACCACCGUUAUAGGAGGAGAGACGGAGAAGAAAAUCACCUCUCCUCAUCCCACAACUCUGCCCCCUCCUUCCACAACUGAGGGUUCUAAUUUGACCCAUCCCAUUCAACCUGAUCCUGAUCUUGACCCUGUUGACAAUAAUAAUAAUGUUACAUCUGGCAUGACAGAACCACCUGAAAUCACCACACCAUACAUCAGCAGUCCUCCAGGUGGAGGUGGAGGUGGUGAAGACACGGCAAUCAUCGCCGUGACUGUUGCUUUAUCGUCCCUGCUGGUCAUCAUCUUUAUCAUCAUCGUACUCUACAUGCUCAGGUUUAAGAAGUACAAGCAGUCAGGAAGCCAUUCGAAUUCCUUCAGGCUGACCAAUGGCAGGACUGAUGACACAGAGCUUCAGAGCGUGCCGCUGUUAGCCCGGUCGCCCAGCACUAACAGGAAGUACCCACCCCUUCCAGUAGACAAACUCGAGGAGGAGAUGAACCGUCGCAUGGCCGAUGACAAUAAACUCUUUCGGGAGGAAUUCAACGCUCUGCCAGUUUGCCCCAUCCAGGCCUCAUGCGAUGCCGCCUCCAAGGAAGAGAACAAGGAGAAGAACCGAUACGUCAACAUUCUGCCCUACGAUCACUCCAGGGUACAUCUCUCCCCUCUAGAGGGCGUCCCAGACUCAGAUUUCAUCAAUGCCUCUUACAUUAAUGGUUAUCAGGAGAAGAACAAGUUUAUAGCUGCCCAAGGGCCAAAAGAGGAGACGGUGAAUGACUUCUGGAGAAUGAUCUGGGAGCAGAACACUGCCACCAUUGUCAUGGUGACCAACCUGAAAGAGCGGAAGGAGUGUAAGUGUGCUCAGUACUGGCCGGAUCAGGGCUGCUGGACGUACGGGAACAUCCGUGUGUCUGUUGAGGAUAUGACCGUGCUGGUGGAUUACACCGUACGCAAGUUCUGCAUUCAGCAGGUGGGGGAUGUAUCAGGGAAGAAGCCCCAGAGGCUGGUGACUCAGUUUCAUUUCACCAGCUGGCCAGAUUUUGGCGUGCCCUUUACACCUAUCGGCAUGCUCAAAUUCCUUAAAAAGGUUAAAGCGUGCAACCCGCAGUACGCUGGGCCUAUAGUGGUGCACUGCAGUGCGGGUGUUGGGAGGACCGGCACCUUCAUUGUAAUCGAUGCAAUGUUGGAUAUGAUGGGUGCCGAGAGGAAGGUGGAUGUGUUCGGCUUUGUCACGAGAAUACGAGCCCAGCGGUGCCAAAUGGUCCAGACCGAUAUGCAGUACGUAUUUAUUUUCCAGGCUCUGUUAGAGCACUACCUGUAUGGAGACACAGAGCUGGAGGUCACCUCUCUAGAGACUCAUCUGAACAAACUGUAUAAUCCUUUUCCUGGAGCAGGUUGUAGUGGGCUGGAGGCGGAGUUCAAGAAACUCACUUCUAUAAAGAUCCAGAAUGAUAAAAUGAGAACAGGGAACCUUCCAGCCAACAUGAAGAAGAACCGUGUGCUGCAGAUCAUUCCAUACGAGUUUAACCGAGUGAUCAUUCCUGUAAAGCGUGGUGAGGAAAGCACAGACUACGUCAAUGCCUCCUUCAUCGAUGGAUACAGGCAGAAGGACUCCUACAUGGCCAGUCAGGGCCCAUUGCAGCACACCAUUGAGGACUUCUGGAGAAUGAUCUGGGAGUGGAGGAGCUGCUCUAUUGUGAUGCUUACUGAACUGGAGGAGAGAGGACAGGAGAAGUGUGGUCAGUACUGGCCUCUUGAUGGAGUGAUGACAUGUGGUGAUAUGUCCAUUGAGCUGAAGAGAGAGGAGGAAUGUGAAAGCUACACUGUCAGAGAUUUGCUUGUCACCAACACGAGAGAGAAUAAAUCUCGUGCUGUGCGUCAGUUUCACUUUCACGGCUGGCCUGAGGUGGGGAUCCCUACCGACGGUAAAGGCAUGAUCAACAUCAUUGCUGCCGUGCAGAAACAGCAGCAGCAGUCUGGAAACCACCCAAUCACAGUGCACUGCAGCGCCGGCGCAGGUCGUACGGGCACAUUUUGCGCUUUGAGCACGGUUCUAGAGCGUGUGAAGGCAGAGGGCAUUCUAGACGUCUUUCAAACAGUAAAGAGCCUGCGACUGCAGAGACCACACAUGGUGCAGACACUGGAGCAGUAUGAAUUUUGCUACAAAGUGGUCCAGGAGUACAUCGAUGCCUUUUCCGACUAUGCAAACUUUAAGUAGGGACCCUACUGAGUGAGCGACUCAGCCUCUCUCUCACACACACAUUCACACAUACACAGUUACACACGCAAACUCAGCACUGGACUGGCCGCAAUCACAGAAAAGGGAACAAGAACAGAAGAGGACGAGCGAUGGCAUUUUUGUUCGGACAAGGACCCAAAAAAGAUGCCUUCUUGAGUAUUUUGUAAUUUCGUGUAUUGUCUUGUAAUAUGUUCCUCUUUAUUAUUAUUCCAAUGUAAAUAUACUACCCCUAUCGUUUAUUUGUUUUUAAAUGCAAGUUUUAGUGACCUUUUUUUCCCGCCCUAAUGUAGUUUACAGGUAUAUGAGUAUAAACAGAGUUAUAUGACUCUAAAUUGGUUUUGAGUUGAACAGCUGGACCGUGGGGUGAUUUUCCUUUUUUCCUCUCUUUGUGCAGCUGAGUAAUGGAGGCCUGACCCCUCAGACCUGUCUCACAAAUACACAGCCUCUUUACCUUUGCAUUUUCUUUUUUUAAAUAUUCAGAGCAUUGAGCAGGUCUACGCUGGAGAAUCCGGGCUGAUUUAAUCCUCCUUCGAAAAAAAAAUAUAAAAAAAAGAGAAAAAAAUAAAAGUAAAGAAAAAUCA